ACCAUCAGCUUGACCAGUCAAGAGUUGGAGGUGACUGUAAGUGGACGUUAGAGGUACACUCGCUCAUGUCUCCGGCAACAAUGGGGUUCAUGUAUAUUUUCUUAGUUGCCUGUACAGUUACGGUGACUUGGGCUACGAUAUACGACAUCCCGUUCAGAAGCUGCAGAGGUAUACCGGGACCCAGUGCCAUAAAGGUUAAUUGCAGCAGCUUUGAGAGAGAGACCUGUACAUUAACUAAGGGGCAGACUUACAGCAUAUGGGCAAACUUCACACCCCAAAUCAACGUGAAUGCAGUGCAGAGCAGUGUGGCCUGGAAGACUUGGGUCGAAAUGCCCUUACCUGGCCAAGAUGCCGAUGGCUGCAAUGGUUACCUCGAGUGUCCCUUAGCACAAAACACACCCACAACCUUCACCUAUCCCCUGCAAAUUCAGAAUUUUUGGAUGAGGAGGCGGUAUCCAAUUGUGUGGAGGCUGAAAGAUGCAAAUACUGAUAUUAAAAUUCUCUGUUUCACCUUCAAGAUAUUAAUAACCUAGAAAGAUAACUGGUAUGAAAGCCUAAACGUAGUAUACUUUGAAUUAUUAGUUUUAUAUAGUACUAUGUAGUAUAGCCCUAAACUAUUAAUACCCACUAAAACAAAAUUCCAGAGUUAUACCACAAAAUAUUAAUUGGCAAAUAAUCAUUUUUAGUGUCUUUGCAGCUAUUUUGCCUAAACUAUUAAAAUAAUUUAUUACCGAAUCUCUUCAAGCAGUUACUGCUCCCCCAAGUAUGGCAAUUUGAUGGCUGGUCAUGCCAUACUUGUGCUAUGGGUGUUAAGUUUGGGUGCAAUAAAGUAAAAGAAAUGGAAAAUACACCAGUUAGGAUUUUAGGUUUGGCAAUUUUAAUGCAUUUCGCUUUUUUUUUUUCUUGUAUACCAUCAUUGUCUAGUAAUCAUUGUUAAAGGCAGCUAAUACCAAUAUUAUUUUAUUCUAAUUCAUAGUGUAAGGCUUAAGGAAACACUUGGAAAGUGUUCCAUAGGCAUCUGAAAAGUCUAGUAUCCGAAGAAUGAUUUAGAAAGUCUUUUAAUUGCUUUACGCAAGAAAUACUUCAUGGAAUUUUAAUUUUACACUUAAGAAAUUUUUAAAUAUUUAUCAUUUUUAUGGUUAAAUAUGGAGCUUAAUGUUAAACUGUAGUAAGAGUAGCAAAUGUUAAAUUAGUCAUAAAAAAAUAUUCUAUUGAUAAUCCCCUGUUCAUGUGUAAUUAUAGGAAAAUUUAAGCAAUGACUACAUUUUAAGUAACUUGUUUGUUGUAUUCUUGGAUGUUUAACAGACAUGUGCAAUAUUUGCAAUGUGCCAUUAAAUAUUUUAAAUAGCU